AUGUUCCUGGACCCUAAAGCGAAUUCCCCGCUCCGCCACGCAUCGGCUCCCACCCCACUGCACCGGUGCGUCUUCGUUGCGCUACUUCCGCCGUUUAUUUUCGCCGGGGACCCGCCCGUGACCAACGACCCCUAUACGCGCGGCGGACUGUACUUUGCGAACUUCAACCGCAUCCGCGAUAACCGCCGUCGUUCGGCAUCAAAAACCCAACGGUCAAGGCCCGCCGCGGAAGUCACCGUGUUAUGGUCAAUUACGCGCUUUCUGUCCGCUCUCGGUAAUUUCACAGUUCUUUUCGUCACUCAACAGGUAUUCGAUUCU